CCGCCAUCGUGAUCGACGGAGCUGGGCUACAUCCUCUUGUCAAGCUUCAAGCUCAAACUGCAAGCGGCACUUCAGUCCCGUUGGCUCUCUAUAUUCAGCUCAGGUUUCAACUUCUUUACAGGGUCCCAGAAAGCCCCAGAUUCAUCACGGCAAUGUAUGCCCUCACUCUCCAGGCGGAAUUAGCGGGAGUUACGAACCUGCGGCCCAACGACACUCAAGACAACCCAUUCUGGUAUGUCUUCAAGGUGCAGUGCACAUCUUGCAGAGAAAUCCAUCCCAACACCAUUUCAUUCAACCGAUUUGAAACCCAUGAGAUGAGCGGGAGCCGAGGCGAGGCAAACUUUGUAUGGAGAUGCAAGAACUGUAAGAGAGAGGCAUCGGCAUCCAUCCAGGCUGCUCCGGUUCCGUACGAACAAAGCGAGCCUACGAAGCCGCAGAAGAUCCUCCAGUUUGACUGCAGAGGUCUUGAGUUUACAGAGUUUGUUCCGGAGGGAGAGUGGCUCGCUGACGGCCUCGAAUCAGGUACCAAGUUUACAGGCGUGGAGCUGACAGAGGGAGAGUGGUUUGACUAUGAUGAGAAAGCAGGGGAGGAAGUGAGCGUCAAGGAACUCAAAUGGGAUAUAAUCCGCGCAUAAGAAAGUGAACUUGUUAACCUGCGAUGGACAACCUAACACUGAUGCACUUGACAGAUGCUGUAUUCGUCCCCAACGUGAUGUUGUUUCGUCUCGUAUUGUACAAUACAACCCUUGUUUGUUUGUUAGCGCGGAACCCAGGACAGGGGCCCUGGUCCAAAAUUCAAAAAGAUACAGCUC